AUUCUCCAUUCUCAGGACCCUGAUGCCUUUAUUUGACCCUGACUCCGGCCUCCUCACAGUAUCUGGGAUGGGAGAUAGUGUCAUUGACUGCUUCGAGGUGUCUGCCACUGAACCAUUCCUUUCCCAAGUGAGCCACUGUCUGACGGAGGCCCCAACGCGAGGCGUUGCCAUGGUACCCAAGCUGGCAUUGGACGUCCUGUCCUGUGAGGUCAUGCGGGUCCUGCAGCUGACGGACAGCUUCAUCGUGCCAAUCAACUACCACGUGCCGCGCAAGUCAGGACAGGAGUUCCAUGCAGACCUGUACCCAGACACCUUGGGCCGGACCGCAGCCAUGUCAGCUGCGGAGUGGUGGAAAGGUGGCGAGAAACAGGUUGAGAACGUCAGUGUCAACCCAUCCAAUCGUCAGAAGCCUAACAACGCUAAACCAGCCAAUCAGACGCCUGCUAAGAAAGAGCUGCCCAGUGGGAGGAGCAAAGAGGAGGCUCCAGUGCGAGGCUGCUCCACCUCCAGCAGUCCCCUGAGCUCCACCAGCAGCAGUGCUGCCCCGUCCCGCUCCCCCUCCUCCACCUCUGGCCUCUCCUCAGGCUUCCUCCCCAGCCCCAGCCAGAGUGCCAAAGCCAUCAACAGCAUGUUGGGUCCCAGCAGUAAGUUUCGUCACCUGCAGGGUGCGGUGCUCCACAGAGACACCCACUUCACCAACCUGAAGGGGCUCAACCUCACCACGCCCGGGGAGUGUGAUGGCUUCUGUGCCAACCGCCAUCGCGUGGCCGUGCCCCUCGCCACCGCCGGGGGUCAGAUCGCCAUCUUUGAGUUGUCUCAGGCUGGGAAGCUAGCGGACACGGGCCUGCCCACCAUCCAGAACUCUGUCAACGUGGCUGACUUCUCCUGGGACCCCUUCAACAGUCACAGGCUGGUGGUGGCGGGCGACGAUGCUAAGAUCCGUGUGUGGCAGGUGCCCGAGGGGGGUCUGACAGAGACCCUGACUGAGCCAGAGACCAUCCUGCAGGGCCACACUGAGAAGAUCUACUCAGUCAAGUUCCACCCCCUGGCGUCGGGCCUGCUGGCAUCCUCCUCCUACGACCAGACGGUGCGCCUGUGGAACUUGGAGUCUGGGGACGAGGUCAAAGUGCUCCGGGGACACCAGGAUCAGAUAUUUGGGAUGGCGUGGAGUCCGGAUGGUAAACACCUGGCCACGGUGUGUAAGGAUGGGAAAUUGCGCAUCUACGACCCUCGCAAGUCUGCUGACCCAGUACAGGAGGGUGCAGGUCCUGAGGGCCACAGAGGGGCUCGUGUGGUGUGGGUGUGUGACGGCAAAUACCUGAUGGUGUCAGGAUUCGACAGUCGUAGUGAGAGAACCCUGUACCUGCACUCCGCUGAGUCCCUGUCCUCCGGGGCCAUCGCCAGCGCCCCCACCGACGUCUCGCCCUCCACCCUCAUUCCCUUCUACGACCCCGACACCAGCGUCGUCAUCCUCACCGGAAAAGGUGACACGCGAGUGUACAUCUUUGAGAUAGUGCCAGAAGCUCCCUAUUUCCUGGAAUGUGCCAGCUUCAACUCCUCAGAGCCCCACAAGGGCUUGGCCUUCCUGCCGAAGACUGAGUGUGUGGUGCAAGAGGUAGAGGUGGCCAGGGGUCUGAGGCUCAGUAAGACCUCCAUAGAGCCAGUGGCCUUUAGAGUCCCCCGCGUCAGAAAAGAGUUCUUUCAGGAUGAUGUGUACCCAGACACAGCAGUGUGGUGGGAGUCCUCUCUGACUGCCUCAGCCUGGCUGGCUGGUUCUGAUGGGAAGCACCACUCCAUCAGCCUCAAGCCCAAAGACAUGACCCCAGUGAGUGAGGCGCCCAAGGAGGUCCAAGUGAGAAAAUACCUUCCAUCCUCUCACUACCUGGAGGAGAAGACUGACGAGCAGAAGAAAGAUGAGCUGUUGAGUGCCAUGAUAGGCAAGCUGGGGAACAUGGACGACAACCCUCUACCACAAGAGUCCUUCCAGGGAGUAGAAGACGAUGAGUGGGGUGACUAGUGUGUGUUGCCUUGCGGACCAGUCAGGGUCCAGCAGUAGCCAAGGGCCUGUUGGACUGAAACGUGUCAUUCCUGUGUGCCACUGAUGCGUCCUAUGUCAAAACAACAUCUCUCAAACACAUAACAUUAACCUGCCAUUAGGGUUGCAAAAUUCUGUCAACAAAAUGUUUCGGUUUUCCAGAAAUACCAAUUGUAGAAUUCCUGGAUUUACUGCUUAUUUUCUUGGGAAUUUUAAGGAAAGUUACCAGACUUUUGCAGCCCUACCUCCCAUAUCCUCAUAUCAUCCUCUAAUACUCUGAGUAAGUAGAUGUUGCCUCUAACCAUUGACUGAAUCAGGAUCAGAUAUGUUUUCCUCCCCAUAAUGUUUAAAGGUAGGACUGGGGGUUGGGAAUCUGAUCCUAGGUCUGUGGUUAAAGGCAACCUCACCCCAAUUUGACCUUUGACUUGCAGCUGCCUUGUACUGUAAAUAGCUAACAUUCCUACCAGGCUAGAUAGUUAAAUGACUCCCAACACUCCCUUACAACCCAGCCGUUACCGCCACACUGGAUGGACACCUGUGUGUCUGUCACCACUCCUAACCUUACACCUGUGUGUCUGUCACCACUCCUAACCUUACACCUGUGUGUCUGUCACCACUCCUAACCUUACACCUGUGUGUCUGUCACCACUCCUAACCUUACACCUGUGUGUCUGUCACCACUCCUAACCUUACACCUGUGUGUCUGUCACCACUCCUAACCUUACACCUGUGUGUCUGUCACCACUCCUAACCUUACACCUGUGUGUCUGUCACCACUCCUAACCUUACACCUGUGUGUCUGUCACCACUCCUAACCUUACACCUGUGUCAUAAUAAUAAUGACUAGACCACUGCUUGCUUUUUUAUGGGCCAAUAUGAACCAUACUCCAUAAUCUUCUAAACACAGUAACUAUGAAAACUCAAACGCAUGCUCUUGAAUACAGUAUCUAUGGUCUUCCAGAUUUACCACCUCCUAUGCAUCACUAUAUAUUGACACACACACACACACACACAAAGAGAAAGACUCACACUCCACCUCUGCACCUGGAUAUCCCAUCUGCACCUCCAGCUCCUGUAGUCCAUGGAUGUUAGAUGGUCAGUGGUAUCCCCAUACGGUCUCAACAAGCACACAGUAAAAAGCACAGACAGGGUACAACAGGGUAAAUAGCCUUCAGGUUAAAGCAUGGCUUUGAUUUCUAUUGAUAGGAAUAGAAUAUUAUUUUGUUGUUUAGGUAGCUUCAUUCUCUGGCCAGUGAUAUAGAACUACUAACAGUCCAGUACCACUCCAGGGUCGUGUUCAUUAGUCACCAAACGGACAAAAACAACCUCAAACAGGGAGGGAUUACCUGGAUUUUCGUUUUCUGUUGCAAAGCAUUUCAAAACGUUUUCCGUUUCGUGCCCUAAUGAACGUGACCCAGGUGCAUAUCUUAGUUCAGCCAGCAGAUCUUGGGAGAUAGUUCAUAGCAUUGGGGCUGCGCUCUGUUUUGGGGGACUCUUAAAAUGUGUGUGACGUUCUUACAUGUGGGUGUCAUGUAUUGAAAAGCCAAAACACCCCCUGUGGGAGUUGAACAGGAGUGUGUCUGUGGAUCUCUGAGGUUGUAAUACAAGUAGUAAAGUAGUAUGUAUCUGUACCUUUCUUUCUAGAUUGAUAGACUGUAUAACUGGAAUUCCUGUACCUCAUGUCAAGACUUCAUCUUAAGACUGUUAUUGAAGUAUUUCUCACUAAAGGAGCUCAGUCUUUUAUUAUACUGUAGUAAACAAUCAUUUUGUUACUUUUUCUUAAUAACUUACAGUAUUAUUACUAUAUGAUGCAAUCACAGCAGCCAUGAUCAAGACUAGUACAGCAGAAGGCAAUACUUUUAAUAGGCUAAUCCAUGUCUGAUCGAACCAAUCAUAUUGUUUACAAUGACAGAAAGACUGGAACCAACCAAGAAUUCUUGAAUAGUAGUCAGACUCCAGUCCAAUUCUGAUCAUUUUUUAAUUGGUCUUUAAACCAAUCAGAUAAGAGCUUUUUGCCAGUACUUGGGCAAAAUAUCAGAAUUGGGCUGCCUGUGUAAACACAGCCGUUGUGUAGUACUUGAAAAGUGAACAGACACCAAUGCAUUGACUGUAGGGCCUAGGUAUUGUUGGUGUCAGUUGACUGUAGGGCCUAGGUAUUGUUGGUGUCAGUUGACUGUAGGGCCUAGGUAUUGUUGGUGUCAGUUGACUGUAGGGCCUAGGUAUUGUUGGUGUCAGUUGACUGUGUGUUUGUCAUGUGUUUUGUGCCUGCAAUCUCUCAAAUGUCUUACAUUGUUCUUUGGGAAAUUAACAAAAAGAAAGAUCUCUUUUAUACUUUGAAUAAUGCAUUAUUUCUCUGUCCAUCUUAUGAAUAACGGUUUUGUGGGAAUGUUCAUGUUGCCUUGCAAUAAACAACUGUUUGAACCUUGUA